AUGGAGGUUUUUAGGGAGGCUUUGGUGAAAAAUGAGUUAUUUGAUUUGGGAUGGGUAGGUGAUAAAUACACGUGGAGUAAUAGACAUGAAGAAAAUUCAUUUAUAAAGGAGAGAUUAGAUAGAGUGGUGGUUAAUGUUGGGUGGUCAGAUUUGUUCAAAAAUGCUGAAGUAGAAGUCAUGCAAGCUAGAAGUUCUGAUCACAAGCCAAUUAUGUUAACUGUCAUAGAAGAAGCAAGGUGUAAGAGAAAAAGAAGAUGGUUGUUCAAAUAUGAAGCCAAGUGGUCUUUAGAGGAGGAAGGUGGGGCAGUGGUGCAAGAGGCUUGGAAAAGAGUUGCUACUGAUUCAAAUAAAUUCAAAGUAAUUGAGAAAAAGCUACAGUGGUGCAGUAGAGCACUAUCUCGAUGGGAUUCAAGAAGAAAGCAAGAGGCAGCAGAAGAACUUAAGUCUAUUAAUGAAAGGCUUAAGUGGGAGCAACAGAAUGAAGGUCCUCAUAAUGUAACUAUUAUAAAAGAGUUGCAGAAGAAAUUUGGUUUGAUUAUGGAGCAGGAAGAUCUCAAAUGGAGGCAAAGAGCAAAGCAAGUGUGGCACCAGAUGGGAGAUAGAAACACCAAAUACUUCCAUGCAUGUGCUACUCAAAGAAGGAAGAGGAACUGGAUCAAGAAGAUUUCUGAUGAAGAAGGCAGAGAAUUGAUAGCUCAAGAAGACAUUUCAGAUGCUUUUACUCGGUAUUAUGCAGGAAUUUUCCAGUCUUCUAUGCCUACUGAUGAGUGUAUAGAGGACUGUCUCAAAUCUGUUGAACCAAAAGUUACUUUGAGUAUGAAUGAAGAGCUAGUCAAAGUUUUACUGUUGAAGAGAUAG